UGAGUACUCGCCGCUUCGGUAACUCUUAUUUUUCUCUCAGUUCUUUUCCUCUCUUUCUCUGGCCUGUCUUUGCUGUUUCUCAUACUUCGCUUUGCAACUUCUUUCCUCCGCCAUCUACCGGCGGCUCCACCGCAUACAACGGCGUACGUACGCUCAGAUCCAAAACUGUCUCUUUGGGUUCCCUGUCACCUCUGAUUUUCCAUCUCCAAAUUCUCUCUAUUUUUGAUUGUUUUUCUUUUCCAUUUUUAUUUAAAAUUUAAUUGAACGAAAUGUUUUUAUUUUAUGGGUUCUGUUUUGAAAAUGUAAAUGACUGAUCUCCUGGUUUUAUUGUUAAAUGUUUUUUAAGUUGGGCUGUUUUGAGUUAUUUCCCCCUGUGGACGUCUUCGCUCGCUUAUCAAUAAAGAUAAUUUGACACUUCUACCCAAAGCAAUUUCCAUUUGACGUUUUUACCCUUAACGGCGAUUUAACGGCUUGACAACUGCUUACGUGGCAUGAUUUGAGUGCUAUUUUUUUUUAAAACGAAAAUGAGUCAUCACCCGUGUAGGAUUUUGACACCUGGAAUCUCAAGAAAGCGUAAAGAGAGAGAAGCGUUUUAUUCCUUUAAACCGUCCACUCCGGUUCAAUCCCCGCUUUAUACCGGUCCAAAAUCCCCUCCCUCGCCAAAUUGUUCGAACCGGCUUUUAGCUGGCUACAUGGCGCAUGAGUUCUUGACCAGGGGAACAUUGUUCGGUAAAAAAUUUGAUCAGGCUCGAGCAGAGGCGAUUCCAAUAAUCGGCUCAUUUGCCGAACCGAGAAAGGCUAAGAAGGAAACCGAACAGACUGUUAAAAAAGAGAGCCAAGGCUAUGCUGAGGUGGCAAGCAUUUUGAAGAACGACGGGACCCACAUCCCGGGGAUUGUUAAUCCUACCCAACUGGCAAGGUGGAUCCAGAUGUGAAAAACUCCGUAAAAUGGGAUGAUAACGUGGCACGAUAUGACUGGCUGAAAAUUCACAUCCAACGCAAUCGAACGGAGCACCCUCUCUCUCCGACCACUUUCGAGUUGGUGUGGCCCGGUCUCAUUGAAUCGUCGAAAGCCCCUGAAGGCUGAAGACAAGAGAGGCGAACCCAUUUUUCCUUUUAAUGUUAGUUAAUUUAUGCCUGAUUUUUUUUUUAACUUUUGUUUUGUUUUUAUUUCGAACUUUGAUGUUGAUUUUGCGUUAAUUUAAUGUAUAUAUUAAAUCAUGAAAGAAAUUACAAAGUUUACUGAAAUAUGCAUGGGAUGAAUUUUAUGAA